GACCGCCCUAAUAUAGGCAGAAAAGCGGAACCUCGGCUUUGCAAAGUUGCAAACCAGCCGAGGCUGGCCGGCCCCAUCAUGCACCGCGGGCUCGGCCGCUGCCUCAGGGCACGGGUGGGUCAGUCAUGCCACACCGCUGCUUAGUGGCCGCGCGGCAGCAGCUCCAGCGGCGCUUGCAGCAGAGCGCGCGGCGGGCGAGGUGCGGAGAGGAGGUGCAGCCGCUGCCACCGCUAGAGGCCUGGGCGUCGCCGUCGUCGGGAUCGAGCGCGGCGCUGUGGCGGAGGUUGCGGGCGGGCGGCUUGUCGGUGGUGCCGGUCUUCGUGAGCGAGGAAGAGGAGGCGCUGCUGGUCGGGGAGCUGGAACCACAGCUGCGCCGCCGCCGCUACCAGGACGCGCACUGGGACGGGGCGAUUCAUAAGUACCGUGAGACAGAAAAAUCACACUGGAGCAAGGAGAGUCACGGGAUCUUGCAAAGGGUCCGAGAUGCGGCUUUCCCCCCAGGAGUGCCACAUCUCGCUCAAGUCCAUGUCCUGGAUCUGGAUAAAGCUGGCUAUAUAAAGCCCCACGUGGACAGUGUCAAGUUCUGUGGCUGCACCGUUGCAGGCCUGUCUCUUCUGUCCUCUAGCGUGAUGCGCCUGAUCAGUGAACAGAAUCCACAGGAUCAGCUGGAUCUGCUGCUGGAGCGCCGAUCUCUGUAUAUCCUCAGAGGGCCAGCUCGCUAUGAAUUCACCCAUGAGAUCCUUAAGGAUGAUGAGUCCUUUUUCGAUGGGAGGAAGAUCCCCCGGGAGAGAAGGAUCUCUGUUAUCUGCCGGAACCUACCCAUGCCAUGUGAUUCGUCGUAGAAUUGCAGGUUGAGACUGUAGAUUCUGACUGUUCAGAUGGAAUGUAGGCUGCUCAUGUGAUGGAGCUCUGACCUGCUUCUCCGUGGGACUCAGCUUUAUGGUCAAGAAUAGGUAAUAGGAUAGCUCCUCUGUGCACAAGAAGGAAUCUGAGGAUGUUCAAGAUCUAAGGAGGUAUUCUGGCCACUUUCUCCUAACAAAUUUUCUGUGUGUUGGCAGGAACCCUGCAAAGAGUUGGGAGAAAUAGGCCUGACUGUCCUUAACCAAGUACUGUUGAAUAAAGGAAAUAAAAUCUUGAUGCUUCUCCUGUGAUGUGUGUUGCUUACAGCAACCAAAGGUAAAACCAGUGCAAGCUGACCUGUGCAGGCCUUUCAAUAGAGAAAGGCCGCAUAGCAUAGAUCUUACAAUUGCCUUUGCCUGUUCCUUGAACACAGAGUGUUCUUCCCUACAUUCACCAUCACACAGGCUGCUUCAAAGCUUACAAAAGAGGUUGGUUGAGAGCAUUGUGAAGUAACUGUAGUGAGGGUGGGGAGUAUCACGUACAUAGUACCUUAUGACCCACAUAUGUGCCUGGGGUCUGAACUAAGUAAUAUCCUGGCAGCUUCUGGAAAGGCAGAGAAUUCCCAUUUCUCCCAAUCCAAGGUCUGAGGUGCUUGAAUUCUGGUUUUUCCUGCAUGGCUAGUGCUACAGAAUGGAUUUACCAUCUUUGUGAGUUGUGUGUGUCAUAAUUAGUCUUGCAAGGAAGUGGAGCUCCUGAACAUCUGCCUUAGAAUUCAGGAGCUAAAAGUUUAUUUGGUAGUUAAGUUAAUUCAGGGUUUCCUGUUACAGGGUGGAUGUAGUCGAAGACAAAGGCUAGAAUUAAUUGAAGUAAAUGUCCAAUACUGAUCUGAAGCACCAAAGUUCUAUGGGGAUAGUAAACAGCAGAAAUACAGAAGAAAUAAAGAGGGUGGACUAGAUUUUUCUCUGUGGGGGAAAAAGGCACUGGGGAAUUAGGAAAGUGGGUAGUAGUGCUCUUAUAACCCUUGAAUGAAUCGAAGUGGGGGAAGAACUUAAAACCAACUGGAGUGUUAAAAAAACAACCCACCCACUCUCUAUUAUCUCAUGAAUACUAAUACUUCUGAAGAAGGCAAGAGAUAAAGGUUUACAAUACAAGGUUAUUUUUCACUUGGAGAAUGUUAUUGAUGCCUUAGAGGAAGAAGUUGUAUGAGUGCUGUUUUAAAUGCCACUGAGGAAGACCAAGAAGGUUGAAACGCGUUUGGCAGAAAUAAACAAGCUAUAUUGAUUACACACUCCUCAGAUGAAUUCCAACUACAAGAGGAUAAACUUUUGGCAAGGCUUAACAGUGUGUUUUCUUCUCAUGCAUUUUGUGGAAAGUGAGCUGUUGAAAGAAUGGAAGUGUAAUUGUUUUAUGAGGUUAUAUUUUACUUGAUUAUUGUUAUCCAUUACUGUGACUUUAUAUGAUUGUCAUUUGUAUAGUGAAAAUAAAUUCCUGGCUUUCCUACUUA